UCGAUGCAAUUCCGCGCGCGCUCAUGAAUCAUGAUACGAAUCGGAACCGAUGGAGCAGAGCUGUACAAGGCGCACAAGGAGGCCGGGUCCAUCUACUUCUUCAACGAGAGGGAGUUCUCGGGGAGCGCCAGGGUGCGCCCGGGGCGCACCGCCAAGGACGGCUGGUGGAAGGCCUCGGGCGGCGGCCUGCCCUUGGUGCGCCGCGGCCUGGUCGUCGGCUAUAAGCUCACCUUGGUGUUUUACGAGAAGAGGCCCGGCGACAAGCCUGACGUCAAGACCGACUGGAUCGUCAAAGAGUACACCAUUGUUGGACCCAACAAGAAGGUGUCGGAGAUGGCCCUGUACCGCCUCUACAACAAGUCGGAAAACAAAUCCAAGGAGAAGAAGAAAAAGGCUAAAGAAGAGAAAGCAACUCAUGAAGAAGAAAACACCCCUGCUUCUACCUGGGCGGAGGAGGAGGAGGAGGAGGAGGAGGCGCCACCAUCACCGCCGUAUCCGCCCGCCGGAGGGGCGACCUCGCAGGCGCAGGCCGGUCAGCCACAUGACUAUCAUCACUACUACGCCUUGGGUGCCGCUGCCGCGCCGGGGCCAAGCACAAGCUGCUGGGUGCCGCCGGACGCCGGCUACACGGGGUUGACAGACACAGUCUGGACACCGGACGCCGGAGGGACCUCGCAGGCACAGCUGGCUGGCCAACCACAUGACUAUCAGCAGUGCACGUUCGGUGCCGCGGCGUCGGCACCUGGCUGGGAGGCGCCGGGGCCAAGCAGCAGCAGCAGCAGCUGGGUGACGCCGGGCGACACAAAAUACUACUUGCAGCUGCAGCACGCCGGAGGGCCUGCGUACAGCUGGGAGGACCAUAAGUUGACGCCUCUGGUGCCGUCAGGACCAGCACCCCUUGCGCAUGACCUGCCGGCGUCGCAGCAGCACUUUGGCCAUCAAGAAGAAACCGCAGACCCGCCGAAUGACAGCGAGUUAUUCUUGUCCUCUGUAAUUUAGCUUGGGGUUUUCACUUGUGUAAAACUGUAACAAAUAAAGCAGGGCAUGUAGCAUAGGUGUAGCUCAUGUCCUGGGCACUGUUGACAUGCUCUGCACACGUAUAGCAGGCAUGGGCAAGGUGAUAGUGUCGUGCUGUACUGCACGACCUGGACACACACAGUGAGCGUGAGGCUGUAAAGGAGAGAGCAGUGUGUAGCUUCUCCUCACUUCAGUCAUAAACCAAAAAAUAACAAAAACGAACUCAGCACAAAGUUAGUGCUGGGGGAAA